AUGAGCUACAACACAUUAUUUGCAUCUAAUCCCCAAGUCUUUGACAGAAAGCAAAGACAUGGGGAUGUAGCACAAAAGAUCCUUCUCUUAGUUGAAUGCCAAGUGAAGAGGUGUUCCUACACGUUAGGUUUAAGUGAGCUGAAACUAGCGGGAAAAUCAAGCUUGCUCUAUGACCUCAUGUGCAAGCUGAAUGAGAUCCACCUGCUAAAGACGACGUCGUACGAUGAGCGCUUGGAGAAUCACGAGAACCAUGCGUUGCACUGGAUCGUCAAGUCGUGGAUCCACACGUCGCAGAAGGUUCUAGAGAGAAUCGCAGACGCAGUCCUCUCCAUAACCUUCAAGAAGGUGGCGGAGGACUACUAUGUCGUGGAAAGGAUUUGGAAGCUUCUCACGGAGGUGGAGGACCUCCACCUGAUGAUGGAUCCGAACAAUUUCUUGAGGCUGAAGAAUCAGCUCUCGGUGAAAUCCUGCAGCGACGAAACGGCUUCGUUCUGCUUCAGGUCGAAGGAGUUGGUUGAACUGACGAAGAUGUGCAGAGAUUUGAGGCACAAGGUGUCGGAGAUAUUGGAGGUGGAGGUGGAUCCGAAGGGAGGAUCGAGGAUUCAAGAGGCGGUGAUGAAACUCUAUGUUUCAAAGAACGCGUUCGAGAAGGUUCACUUGUUGCAGGCGAUUGAGGAAUUAUCUAUUAAAAUACUGGAAUUUUAA